AUUUGAAGCGAAUUCCGGCUUUAAAGCGAUAAACCGGGAAAAUUUAUUAUUGCGUAAGCUGUUGGCGGUAAAUGUGCUCUGCGGAUCUUUUCGUUUCUGUAUGUUUAGCAUUUUUCCACACUGUUUCGUAUAUUAACUAAACAAAUUCAUAAAAACAUGCUAGUGUAUGGACCAAAUAAUAACACAAUAUUUCGUUCACCACGACCUAAUGGUCAGAUCCAGGUCAUAUUUGGCCCCAUGUUCUCUGGCAAAACAACGGAACUGAUUCGGCGAUUAAAACGAUAUCAGAUUGCAAAUCACAGCUGCUUUAUAAUAAAGUAUGCUAAUGACAUGAGGUACGAUGCUGUUAAUAUAGCUACCCAUGACAGGCAAACGUUUUCUGCUGUGUCUUCGACUAGCUUAGCUAAUUUGAAGUCUGAAGCUGAAAAUCAUAGUGUGAUAGGCAUUGAUGAAGGACAGUUUUUUCCAGAUAUUGUGUCAUUUGCUGAAGAAAUGGCAAACAAAGGGAAGAUAGUUAUUGUAGCAGCAUUAGAUGGAACCUUUCAAAGGAAGGGGUUUGGUGAAAUACUUCAGUUGGUACCAUUGGCAGAAAGUGUUAUCAAGUUAACUGCUGUAUGCAUGCUGUGUUAUGAAGAAGCAUCCUUCACAAAAAGAAUUGGAACUGAAACUGAGCUGGAACUUAUUGGGGGAACUGAUAAAUAUAUGGCAGUGUGUCGCAGAUGUUAUGAUAUCGAUUCCUCACAGGUAAAGCCUGACCUAGAUAGCAAUUCCUCCAAACAAUAAGCAAUGAAUUCCAGUGAUUACAUCAUGAAGCGAUAAAAUUGUAUAUACUCAUUUAUAUUCUUUUACAUCCUAUUUUAUAUUAGCUAGUAGUAUGUGACUAGCAUUUGUGUAUUAAAAACACAUUUUUAUUGUGUUAACUUAUGUUUGAUUGUAUGAAAGUACUUGCAUACUGUACAUAAAUUUUUUAAUGAAACCAAACUGUAAAGAUUUAUAGUUAUGAUUGUUUACAGAAUUUGAUAUAGUUACAAAAUACAAAAACUGUAGGAUUAUUUUUUUAAUGUAAUCAAUUCUUUUUAUUGAAAAGGAAAACUAAAAAAACUCUUAAAUUUAUUUUGCUUUAAUUUAGAAAUCACAUUUUCAUGUUUCUUUUCUCCUGUUUAAAAUUAAUUUUCUGUUGCUACCAGGAAAGUAAUUUAUAUCAUAAAUCUAUGUAAUCUGAGACUUUGUGGUUAGAAUCAAUUUUGUGACACAUAAAUAUAAAUUGUAAUUGCAUUAAAAUCAAAAAGACAUUAAUAGUUUAGUUUUUGAGCAUAGCAUUUAAUAUGGAUUAUGUUAUGUAUAAUAGUUUAUAUGAAAUUUUACGGAAGAAAAACUUUUGCAGAGUGAUUAAGAAUGGAAAAAGUAAUUACAAUAAUCAUCACAGUUUUUACAGCCACCCAUGGGAAAGAUUUUAUUUAUAUCAAGAAUAGUAACAUUUAGAGAGAAUAUAUAUUUUUGUGCAUAGUAUAAAAAGCAGAUGAAAGAAUAUGCAGAUUAUUGUUCUGCUAAUAUUUAUUUGUAUUAUUUUUUAAUAAGCUAAAUAAAUUCUUUGAUGUAAAU